AUGCUAGAUUACGAAGCAGUUCCGGGCUCAAUCAUCCUGGUUGACCAGGACCAGGAGAUUGUGGUGUCGCCCAUCCCGUCGUCAGACCCCGAUGACCCGCUGAAUUGGUCGCGAAACAGAAAACUGCUCUCCAUGUUCUGUAUGGUGGUCUACAUGGUGGCCAUUGUCGUGCCGUCCAACUCGCUGUACUCCAUUUUCUCGGUGCUCACCGAAGAAAGUGGACAGACCCUGGACGAGCUCAACCAGGGAACAGGCUACAUGUUUCUGUUUUUUGGCCUCGGUUGUCUCAUUUGCCAGCCUCUGGGCCAGCAGUACGGUAAGCGGCCCAUCUAUCUGCUCUCCGUGCUCGGCACUCUCGCCGUCCAGCUCUGGAGUCCCUACGCCAAGUCCCAGGGCGCCUGGAUCGGAUCUCGUAUCCUUCAGGGAGCCCUGGGAGCGCCCAUGGAAACCAUGUGCGAAAUCACAAUCUCCGACGUCUUCUUCGAGCACGAACGAGGCCGAUGGGUCGGAGUCUACGCCUUUGCGCUCAUGUUCUCGUCCUACAUUGCUCCUCUUGUUGCAGGCUUCAUCGCAGAGGGCAUGAACUGGAAGUGGGUCUUCUACUGGGGCUCCAUCUUCAACGGAGUGUGUCUGGUUUUCCUCUUCUUUUUCUUCGAGGAGACCAACUACGUGCGAGAACACGUUGCCCAACCCGUCCCCAAGGAGGGAUCGGUUCUGGAGGGCUCUUCUGGAUCUGGAGACCCCGAAAAAAUCGACGACUACUCCGAAGGCCGAUCCGAAUCGUCUCUUGAACACCAGCAGAAGCCCAUGAAGACCUAUCGACAGAAACUCGCACUGUGGGACAAACCCCGAAAGAAUAUGCUGUGGGAGAUGUUCAAGCGUCCCUUCAUCAUCUUCUUCAAGUUCCCUCCCGUGGUCUACGCCGGGUUCCUCUACGGCUCCGGUAUCAUCUUCUUCAACAUUCUGAACGCCUCGGCCUCCAUGAUUCUGUCAGCUCCUCCCUAUAACUUCAAGCCCUCCAUGGUCGGUCUGUGUUACGUGUCGCCCAUCAUCGUCACUUUUAUCACAUCCUGGUACUCCGGUUACCUGUCCGAUCUGCUACGUAUCAAGCUGGCCAAGCGAAACGGCGGUCUGUCAGAGCCCGAACAUCGACUGUGGAUCAUUCUCAUCCACAUUAUUCUCAACCCGGCCAUGCUGGUGCUGUGGGGAGUCGGCGCAUACAACGGAAUCCACUGGAUCGGCCCCGUCAUCGGCAUGGGCAUCAUCGGAGGUCUGGCCACCAUCCCGGCCGUCUCCUCCGUCAACUACGCCCUCGACUGCUACAGAGAAAUCGGCUCCGACUCGCUAGUGACGCUCAUUGUCAUCCGAAAUUGCAUGUCCUUCGGAAUCGGCUACGGAAUCACGCCGUGGAUCACCCGGGAGGGUCUCAAAAACGCAUUUGGAGAGGCCGCGGGAGUCUCUGCCGCCUGCAUGGGCACCUUCUUCAUUGUGCUUGUGGUUGGCAAGAGAAUGAGAAAAUGGACCAAGAAGGACUACUGGAACUUUGUGCAGAAGUCCAUCGACAACGGAAUGGUCCAUUAG